AUGUCUAAAAAUAGCAACGUUAACAACAAUAGAUCCCAAGAGCCAAAUAACAUGUUUGUGCAAACCACAGGAGGUGGUAAAAACGCCCCAAAGCAGAUUCAUGUUGCACACAGACGUUCCCAAAGUGAGUUGACAAAUUUGAUGAUUGAACAAUUCACUUUGCAGAAGCAGUUGGAGCAAGUUCAAGCACAGCAGCAACAGUUGAUGGCUCAGCAACAGCAAUUGGCACAACAGACAGGACAAUACCUGUCAGGAAAUUCUGGCUCUAACAAUCAUUUCACGCCUCAACCGCCUCACCCUCAUUACAACUCAAACGGUAAUUCACCUGGUAUGAGUGCAGGUGGCAGCAGAAGUAGAACUCACUCCAGGAACAACUCCGGAUAUUAUCAUAAUUCAUAUGAUAACAAUAACAAUAGCAAUAAUCCUGGGUCUAACUCACACAGAAAGACGAGUUCACAAUCCAGCAUAUAUGGCCAUUCCAGAAGACAUUCUUUAGGUCUAAAUGAAGCGAAAAAGGCUGCUGCGGAAGAACAAGCUAAAAGAAUAUCUGGGGGUGAAGCAGGCGUAACUGUGAAGAUAGAUUCUGUUCAAGCUGAUAGUGGCUCAAAUUCUACUACAGAACAAUCUGAUUUUAAAUUUCCACCACCACCAAAUGCUCAUCAGGGCCAUCGUCGCGCAACUUCAAACCUAUCACCUCCCUCUUUCAAAUUUCCUCCAAACUCUCACGGGGAUAAUGACGAUGAAUUCAUAGCAACCUCUUCAACGCACCGCCGUUCAAAGACAAGAAACAAUGAAUAUUCUCCAGGCAUUAAUUCCAACUGGAGAAACCAAUCACAGCAACCUCAACAGCAGCUUUCUCCAUUCCGCCACAGAGGAUCUAAUUCAAGGGAUUACAAUUCCUUCAAUACCUUAGAACCUCCUGCGAUAUUUCAGCAGGGACACAAACAUCGUGCCUCUAAUUCAUCAGUUCAUAGUUUCAGUUCACAAGGUAAUAAUAACGGAGGUGGACGUAAGUCCCUAUUUGCACCCUACCUUCCCCAAGCCAACAUUCCAGAGCUAAUCCAAGAAGGGAGACUAGUAGCUGGUAUAUUAAGAGUUAAUAAAAAGAAUAGAUCGGAUGCCUGGGUCUCUACAGAUGGCGCUCUUGAUGCGGAUAUUUACAUUUGCGGCUCCAAAGAUCGUAAUAGAGCACUUGAAGGUGAUUUAGUCGCGGUAGAACUAUUAGUUGUGGACGAUGUUUGGGAGUCCAAGAAAGAAAAGGAAGAAAAGAAGAGGAGAAAGGAUGCCUCUAUGCAACACGAUCUAAUUCCUUUGAACAGUAGUGACGAUUACCACAACGAUGCAUCUGUUACUGCUGCAACAAGCAACAAUUUUCUAUCUUCUCCCUCCUCGUCUGAUUCGCUAAGCAAGGAUGAUUUAUCCGUCAGAAGAAAGAGGUCAUCUACUAUCAAUAAUGAUAGUGAUUCCUUAUCAUCUCCUACCAAAUCAGGAGUAAGGAGAAGAAGUUCAUUGAAACAACGUCCAACUCAAAAGAAAAAUGACGAUGUUGAAGUUGAAGGUCAGUCAUUGUUAUUAGUUGAAGAAGAAGAAAUCAACGAUAAAUAUAAGCCACUUUACGCAGGCCAUGUCGUUGCUGUUUUGGACCGUAUCCCUGGUCAGUUAUUUAGCGGUACAUUAGGUUUGUUGAGACCAUCCCAACAAGCUAAUAGCGACAAUAACAAACCACCACAAAGCCCAAAAAUUGCUUGGUUCAAGCCUACUGAUAAGAAGGUGCCAUUAAUUGCAAUUCCUACAGAAUUAGCUCCAAAGGACUUUGUUGAAAACGCUGAUAAAUACUCCGAAAAGUUAUUCGUUGCCUCUAUUAAACGUUGGCCAAUCACAUCUUUGCAUCCAUUUGGUAUUUUAGUUUCCGAACUUGGAGAUAUUCACGAUCCUGAUACUGAAAUUGAUUCCAUUUUAAGGGAUAACAAUUUUCUUUCGAAUGAAUAUUUGGAUCAAAAAAAUCCGCAAAAAGAAAAACCAAGUUUUCAGCCGCUACCAUUAACGGCUGAAAGUCUAGAAUAUAGGAGGAAUUUUACGGACACUAAUGAGUACAAUAUCUUUGCAAUUUCCGAGCUUGGAUGGGUGUCUGAAUUUGCCUUACAUGUCAGGAAUAACGGAAAUGGUACCCUAGAGCUGGGUUGUCAUGUUGUUGAUGUGACCAGCCAUAUUGAAGAAGGCUCCUCUGUUGAUAGGCGUGCGAGAAAGAGGUCCUCUGCGGUGUUCAUGCCACAAAAACUUGUCAAUUUAUUACCACAAUCGUUCAACGACGAACUGUCGUUGGCCCCUGGCAAGGAAUCAGCCACGCUGUCGGUUGUUUACACUCUAGACUCAUCUACUUUAAGGAUUAAAUCUACUUGGGUAGGCGAAUCUACAAUUUCCCCCUCAAACAUCUUGUCUUUAGAACAAUUAGACGAAAAAUUAUCUACUGGAAGUCCCACUAGCUACCUCUCUACUGUACAGGAAAUUGCUAGAUCAUUUUAUGCUAGAAGAAUAAAUGAUCCAGAAGCUACAUUACUUCCCACCCUGUCCUUAUUGGAAAGCUUGGAUGACGAAAAAGUUAAGGUUGACUUGAACAUCCUGGAUAGAACUUUAGGCUUUGUUGUAAUUAAUGAGAUUAAAAGAAAGGUCAACUCCACUGUUGCAGAGAAAAUUUACACCAAACUUGGUGAUCUAGCUCUUUUGAGAAGGCAGAUGCAACCCAUUGCAACCAAGAUGGCGUCAUUUAGAAAGAAAAUUCAAAAUUUUGGUUACAAUUUUGAUACCAAUACGGCGGAUGAAUUAAUCAAAGGGGUGCUAAAAAUUAAAGAUGACGAUGUUAGAGUCGGAAUUGAAAUUUUACUGUUUAAAACCAUGCCAAGAGCUAGAUACUUUAUUGCUGGCAAAGUAGACCCGGACCAAUAUGGGCAUUAUGCCUUGAACCUACCUAUCUACACACAUUUCACAGCGCCAAUGAGAAGAUACGCUGAUCAUGUCGUUCAUAGGCAAUUAAAGGCCGUUAUCCACGAUACUCCAUACACCGAAGAUAUGGAAGCUUUGAAGAUUACCUCCGAAUAUUGUAAUUUUAAAAAGGACUGUGCUUAUCAAGCACAGGAACAAGCAAUUCAUCUAUUGUUGUGUAAAACAAUCAACGACAUGGGAAAUACUACAGGACAAUUAUUAACAAUGGCUACUGUCUUACAAGUUUACGAGUCCUCCUUUGAUGUAUUUAUUCCAGAAUUUGGUAUUGAAAAGAGAGUUCAUGGAGAUCAACUACCUUUGAUCAAAGCUGAGUUUGAUGGUACCAAUCGUGUCUUGGAAUUGCAUUGGCAGCCCGGCGUAGAUAGUGCAACUUUUAUACCAGCAGAUGAAAAAAAUCCAAAAUCCUAUAGAAAUUCCAUUAAGAACAAAUUCAGAUCCACAGCCGCUGAGAUUGCGAAUAUUGAACUAGAUAAAGAAGCGGAAUCUGAACCAUUGAUCAGCGAUCCAUUGAGUAAGGAACUCAGCGAUUUGCAUCUAACAGUACCAAAUUUAAGGCUACCAUCUGCAAGCGACAACAAGCAAAAUGCUUUAGAAAAAUUCAUUUCUACUACUGAAACCAGAAUUGAAAAUGAUAACUAUAUACAAGAAAUACAUGAAUUGCAAAAGAUUCCUAUUCUAUUGAGAGCUGAGGUGGGGAUGGCUUUGCCAUGUUUAACCGUCCGUGCAUUAAAUCCAUUCAUGAAGAGGGUAUAA